AGAGAAAACAAUGUAAUUAAUCUAAAAUAGUUUUUUCGGGAUUUUGUCAAUGGAGACGGAGGGUUAAGAGACCGACCCUCUCUCUCACGUUUCAGUCUUCAGGUCUGGCCGCUGGUCGCAACCUAACUUGUCGUUUGCUCACCCCACGCCACAACCCACUUCUUUUGCUUCUCCUUGCACACUCUGCUUUCGUUGGCAUCUAUCUAUCCUUGUUUAUCUAAAUCGUCUGCAGCUGCUGCUUCUCGUAAAUGAAAGAAGCCAUUUUCUUGCUCUGAAAUUACCCUAUCAAAUCAAUGGCUCUCUUUCGAAUCUCUUGCCCCCGAUCAUCUUCAUUUCUUCUCAACAUCUCUACCUUAUCUACCUUUCACCUAAAUACACUCUCUUCUUCCGAUUUAUUCUAUGACCAUUUGGAGAAAAGCAAUGGUAAUCUGGAUAAAACCCUUGCUACUCUAAAGACCAAGUUGGAUUCUAGAUGUGUCAACGAAGUAUUAUAUAAAUGUUCCUUCGAACUAUCGCAAAUGGGUCUUAGAUUUUUUAUAUGGGCUGGUCGACAGCCUAAUUAUAGGCAUUCUUCUUUUAUGUACAGUAGAGCUUGUGAACUGAUUGGAAUUAAUGUAAGCCCAUGUUUGCUUUUUAACGUUAUUGAAGAUUAUAGAAGGGAGGGUUGCCUUGUUGAUAUUAGGAUGUUUAAGAUUAUUUUAAACUUGUGUAAAGAAGCUAAGCUUGCAAAAGAGGCUUUGUCUAUUUUAAGGAAAAUGUCUGAAUUUCAUUUGCGUGCUGACACUACAAUGUAUAAUCUGGUUAUAAGGUUAUUUACUGAGAAGGGUGAGAUGGAUAAGGCGAUGGAGUUGAUGAAAGAGAUGGAUUCAGUUGACAUACAUCCUAAUAUGAUCACUUAUAUUUCCAUGCUCAAAGGAUUCUGUGAUGUGGGUCGUUGGGAGGAUGCUUAUGGGUUAUUUAAGGAUAUGAAGGAAAAUGGAUGUGCCCCAAAUACAGUGGUUUACUCUGUGCUAGUGAAUGGCGCCAUUCGACUCAGAAUUAUGGAUAGGCUAAUGGAAAUGUUGAAGGAGAUGGAAAAACAAGGGGGAACUUGCAGUCCAAAUACUGUCACAUACACUUCUAUAAUCCAGAGUCUAUGUGAAGAAGGCCACCCUCUGGAGGCAUUGAAGGUAUUAGACAGAAUGGAAGAGUAUGGUUAUGCUCCAAAUCGUGUUGCAGUUAGCUUUUUAGUUAAGGAAUUUUGUAAAGAUGGCCAUGUGGAGGAGGCUUAUAAGUUGAUUGAUAGAGUUGUUGCGAGAGGUGGUGUUUCAUAUGGUGAUUGUUAUAGCUCACUUGUGGUAACUUUAGUUAAGAUGAAAAAGAUUGCAGAGGCAGAGAAGCUAUUUAGAAACAUGUUAGCCAACGGGGUGAAGCCAGAUGGUGUGGCUUGCAGUCUCAUGAUCAGGGAACUGUGCUUAGAGGAGCGAGUGCUAGAUGGUUUUAACUUAUGCUACGAAGUCGAUAGGAAUGGAUAUUUAUGUUCCAUUGAUGCUGAUAUUUAUUCUCUUCUUUUAGUUGGACUUUGUGAACAUGACCACUCUGUGGAUGCUGCAAAACUAGCAAGGUUGAUGCUUAAAAAGGGAAUUCGUUUAAAACCUCACUAUGCUGAAAGUAUCAUCAAACAUCUAAAGAAAUUUGAAGACCGAGAGUUAGUUAUGCAUUUGGGCGGAAUAAGGAAAUAACAAACAAAACCAAGAAUUUAAUAUGGGAUUGGAGAUGCUAAUUUUCACUAUCGUCUCAAACAGAGGCUCUUAGCAAGCUUAGUUGAUUAAAAAAAGACAUACGUGUAGAUUCACUCAUAGUGGAUAUGGAUGUCAAAUCAGUAGUAAUUGCAGGUUAUAAGUUUUGUGGCAUACAACACGUGAGAUUGAAUCUGCGACCUUUGUUUUUGUGAGAAAAGAAGAUUUCCAUGACUUUGCGACCCUUAAAUGUUCCACUUUACUGAAGAGUGCAAAGGUGUCUUAAAAGUCCUUCCGAACAACAAAUCACAUCUAACGAAUUGGAGGUUGAGUUCUGUUUGGAUAGCCAACCUGAAGUACAUCAUACCAGUUUCUGGUUCAACCAAGUGAAGAUGCUUUUAAAAUUUAGCCAAACGACUCUGACCCCACAUUCAGAAGCUGGCUGCUUCCAAAGGUCUUGCAGAUUGCAGAAGAUCUAGAUGUUUUACUCUGUAAGCUGGUUUACGUUUUAAUGGUUGGGAAUAUGAUUUUAAAAUCAGUGUACACACACAGACAUUGGUGAUUAUUUUAGUAUCAAUCAGUCAACUGAUAUUGAUAUUGUAAAACUGAUUGAGAUUAAUUGACCAGACAUUUGGAAUCUUGAGAAACAGAAACAACUUUAUCUAGCUGUGUAUGAAGAAAAUUGUUUUCUUGAAAA